GUCUGUUUCAGGGUCCCAACCUGGAUUCUCAAGGCAGAGCCUCGACUGCCACAGAUCCGGAACUGGGAAAAUUCUCGAUCAAACGAUUGGGUCACGUUAAGCUAAGGAUUUUCCUUUUUGGUUACCACUCAAAAUACUGAAAUUAGCGAAAAUCUUUGGAUUUUGAGGCAGAUAGAUGGAUAAGUUUAUGGUGCUGUGAGAAAACGUUACAAGAGGAGAGAUUUUUGGUAUCAGAAGCUUUGAAUUUCUGAGCUGGGUUUCCUCCGUAGACGAUGGUUAAGCUUUGUUUGAUGGCUUCACAUGGGUAUCCUCCUGGUACUGGGCUAGUCUUUUACCAAGAGCAGACCAGGGUCUUCAAGGACUGCCAGCCCUAUUUUCCAAGUCAGGGAGCAAGAGAUGAGAUAAAAAGACCAAACUCUCUUAGUCUGGGGCUGCAUCAUCAUGGCGAAUCAUGGAGACCCAUUAGUGGAUUCUGUGAACAUACCCAAGUGGCCAAGAUUGACUCAACAGCUGGAAGGCCUGUACUCAUUGAUGUGCAAGACACUUGCUCAGACUCAAUACUCUUUAGCUUUGGGAUAGCUGAACAAUGUACCAAACAUGAGAAGAUCUUGAAGUUUUUAAUGUCUGGAUCAAGUGAAAUUGAAAAAGGUGGAUUGGAUUUAUCUUUACUCUCAGACUUGAUGGGUCUUCAGGCAUUGACAUUGGAUACGAGUCAGCAGCCCUUUGCUUCUCUCAUUUAUCCAAGUGGUACAUGUGAUGCCCCAAAGCCCUUAGUGGACUUUGUGGGGGACAUGGCCCAUAGUUCCAAAAUUACUGUUCAUCCUGAUGGCCGAGUAUUGUUUACUGGUAAUAGGUCAGAGAUGAAUGAUAUUCUCUCUAUUGUUGCUGAGUUUUACUUGACAAAGAACUCAACUGAGUGGUCAAAGCAGUCGGUGCUUGUCCCCCAUUUUAGCUGGCCUAAUACAAGUGAGGUACAGGCUAAUAUUCUUAGUUCUUCUCUGAAGGUUAAAGAUGUGACAGCUGGACCUUUGAAAAGUCCUGAGAAAGUCAAACUCAAGCCGAAGAGGAAUAGCAGGAAAAGUGGUAGAGAGAGGGAUCUCUACAAAAGGAAUUACUUCCAUGCAUGUGAGAGCCUUCUCUCUUUGAUGAUGGACAAAAAGCAGCGGGGGAAAACAGCAAUUCUCUCUCUAAAGAAAUCUGGUCCUGAACUCCCUGCACUCUUGACCAAAUUCUCUGCUGGCAUUGCUGGGACUGGCCUAGCUGUUCUUUUCUCUGUUGUCUGUAAAGUAGUUUGUGGGAGGGUUCCUUUUUGUGCAUCCAAAGUCUUCAGCACUGGAUUUGGAUUUGGGCUGGUAUGGCUUUCUUGGUCUGUCAAUAGACUGAGGGACACAAUUGCCUAUAUAAGCAAGAAUUCAAGCAAGUUGGGUCUGAAGGACGAGGAAAUGCUAAAGAAUGUGGAUAAAAACAUGAAAGACAUAUACUUCAGAGCUGCAACGUUGAUGGCGAUAGCUGUGCUGAAACUUGUAUGAGCAUGGAGUGGCUGUUAUGCAUAUGAUAUUGAAGCUGAUGGUUUGGAUAACGUGGGAGUUGAUUGCUGUAGCUGUAAAUGAUGUAGCUAGUAGUUUUAUGAAGGGAUGAGGGCUCAAGCUUAUUGCACUUGCAAGGAUGUCACGGAUUGGCAGUCUCAAGUAUUACCAGGUAGGAUAAGAGAAACAUUACCCAUGGAGUUUAAUCUUGGCUCUAGUCGGUAAAGGAUUUCUAAAGCAACCAUGUCCUUAACAUGAAUGUUGAGCUCCCAUGAGACUGAGCUGUGCCCCAUUGUCGGUUGACCUUUUUUUUUUUCCCCUAAAUAACUUGCAAGUGAACAAAUAAGUAUGAACAUGCUACACAAAUUUUGCAUGGAAUGUUGACUACGCUUUUGGAUGUUUAA